AUGGCGAUGUCGUCUAAAGUGACCGACAGCCCUGUUACCAUGGCGAUGUCGUCUAAAGUGACCGACAGCCCUGUUACCAUGGCGAUGUCGUCUAUAGAGAAGCAGGUCACCGGGUACCUCCUGUUCUCGCUCUGCACCGCCGUCAUCGGCUCGCUGCAGUUCGGCUACAACACCGGAGUCAUCAACGCCCCCGAGCAGAAACUGCGAUCUUUCUUCAACGACACCUGGGUGGAGCGCCACGGGACCCCAUCAGCCCGGGUGUGCACCAUCGUGUGGAGCGUCUCCGUCGCCAUCUUCAGCGUGGGCGGCAUGGUGGGCAGCUUCAGCGUGGGCGUCAUGGCCAACCGCUUCGGCAGGCGCCGCUCCAUGUUCCUGGUGAACUUCCUGGCUGUGAUCGGGGGCCUCCUCAUGGGCUUCUCCACCCUCUGCUCCUCCCACGAGAUGCUGAUCGCCGGCCGCCUGGUCAUCGGCCUGUUCUGCGGCCUCUUCACGGGCCUGACCCCAUGUACGUGGGCGGUGUCGCCCACGCCCCUGCGCGGCGCCUUCGGCACGCUGCACCAGCUGGGCGUGGUGGUGGGCAUCCUGAUCGCGCAGGUGUUCGGCCUGGAGUCCCUGCUGGGCUCGGCCCGGCUGUGGCCCCUGCUGCUGGCCCUCACCGUGGCCCCCGCCCUGCUGCAGUGCGUCCUGCUGCCCUUCUGCCCCGAGAGCCCCCGCUACCUGCUCAUCAACCUGCAGCAGGAGGAGGAGGCGCGCAAAGCGCUGGUGCGUCUGCGCGGCACCGAGAACGUGAGCAAGGACCUGCGGGAGAUGAAGGAGGAGAGCGCCAAGAUGGCGCUGGAGAGGAAGGUGACCAUCCUGGAGCUCUUCCGCUCGCCGGCCUAUCGGCAGCCGCUCCUCAUCGCCGUGAUGCUGCAGCUCUCACAGCAGCUGUCGGGGAUCAACGCCGUGUUCUACUACUCGACCGGCAUCUUCAAGUCGGCCGGUGUGAAGCAGCCCAUCUACGCCACCAUCGGCGCCGGCGUCGUCAACACCGUCUUCACCAUCGUUUCCCUCUUCCUGGUGGAGAAGGCGGGACGAAGGACCCUGCACCUCGUGGGAUUGGGCGGAAUGGCCAUCAGCGCUCUGCUCAUGACCAUCUCCCUCCUGCUGAAAGACAUCCCCGUGAUGAGCUACAUGGCCAUCGUGGCCGUCAUGAUGUUCGUGGCCAUGUUUGAGAUGGGCCCCGGCCCCAUCCCGUGGUUCAUCGUGGCCGAGCUCUUCUCCCAGGGGCCGCGGCCCGCCGCCAUGGCGGUGGCCGGCUGCUGCAACUGGACGGCCAACUUCCUGGUUGGAAUGAGCUUCCCCAAACUGGAGGAGUGGUGCGGGCCUUGGGUCUUCCUCAUCUUCAUGGCCUUCCUCAUCUUCUUCUUCAUCUUCACCUUCCUCAAAGUGCCCGAGACGAGGGGCAAGACCUUCGACGAGAUCGCCCGCAGCUUCGGCGGCGACGGCGCCGGCCGGCCCGCCGCCUCCUCGUCCAUCGAGGCCCCUCCGGCCAGCGCCAGCACCGCCACCACGCUCACCGCCUCCGAGGUGAAGGAGAAGCUCCCCCUGGUAGCGGCGGCGGCUCCGCCUCCAGCCUCUGAGACCACGCCCCUCGAGGAAAAAGUCAAAUCCACUGCGAAUGACAGUGUAGAGCUGUAGAUGGACUUUUAAUAGGGUGGAGGGGGUUUUAAAAAGCAGGAAGAAGAAACACAGAUUUCAAUAUAAACUAUUUAACUGUAUAAUACUUCUAUACCGGGAACCAUGGCAUCAUCAGCGUAGGCUUUGACCUUUAAAAGGUCACGCUUCUCCUCUAGAUUCUGAUUCAUCUUCCUGCUUUUGAAGCUCUCGCUGUACACCAACACAUGUGACCUACUGUACAUUCCUAGGAUUUAAACGUGUGUUUCCAGACAGGCGUCAUGGUGCAGGCUGGAGGUCCACUGAGUAGAG